AUGACGCCUCACCUCUUCCUCUUCUUCUUCAUCUUUGUCAUCCUCCUCCUCUCGCUUGAUCUGCCACUUUCUAGGUGCGAGUAUGUUGUUGAUUAUUCGAGAUACUUCGACGACUGCAGUCAAUUGUCGUUUAACUGUGGAAACAUCCAAAAUAUAAGAUACCCCUUUUGGGGAGAUGAGCGACCGGAUUAUUGUGGCCUUCCGGGAUUCAAGCUCCACUGCGAUGCGGAUCAUCACCUUACUACCACCAUAGAGAUAAACUCGGUAACAUACAAGGUUUCGAGCAUGGAUUACAAGAAUCAAAAUCUCAAGGUCGCCCAAGCAGAUUUGUUGGAUAGUAUUUGUCAGAAAAAACAAAAAUCUAUCAACACCACCAGCCUCAUUUUACCCCCAUCAAGUCCUAGUAGUGAGCGUUACAUGGCUCUGUUCUACGGUUGUUCCCCAAGCCCAAGCUCAGGGGUUAUGGAUGGUGCAACCAAGGUCAGUGUUAGUUGCCCCAGCAAUGGUGAUCCUGCUGAGGUUUACUAUGUCCUCGAUGAUUCAUUUGCAUACGAAAAUCUAGCUAGUAAAUGCCAAGAAGGUAAUAGUGUUAUAGUCCCAAUUCCCUCAAUAGCUAAGGCUGAGAUAGAGAAGAACUCAUCGAGAUUCGGCGAAAUUAUCAGCCAAGAUGUGGAUUUGAGGUGGAGUAGUAGUAUUGACGUGGGAUGCAGCGGAUGCUUAUCAUACAAAGGGCAGUGCGGUUGGAAUUGGGAAUUGAAUACAUCCACCUGCUUUUGCGAGUUUGAGACUUAUGAAGGGCGAUGUGCUCCCCCGCACGCUGCACCGGAUUCCCAUUUAGAUCCAUCUCCGAGUCCGAGUCCGGGUACGUACCAAUUUUCUGGUGCCUCUCCUGAUGAGUGA